GGCGCACCCAACUUCAUCAUUGACCUUUGCGAGGAACGCCUCCGCGAUGACGGCAGUGUGGCCACGAUGACAGACCAGGCCCGGCAAGACAUCCUGAAGGUUGUGGAUGAGUACAGCAGCAAGGCAUUGCGGGUGCUGGCCGUGGCCGUGCGAACCAUGACAGAGCUUCCGUUCGACAAGAAUGACGACGAAAUUUCCACGGAUGAAAGGUUCGCAAAGCUCCGACAGAACCUUCGCCUGGUGGGUUUGGUGGCCUCCAUUGACCCAGACCGCGAUGGCGUGAAGGACUCUGUGCUGGCAGCACGAGGAGCCGGCAUCCGCGUCGUCAUGAUCACUGGCGACUACCUGAAGACGGCCAUCGCCAUCGCCAAGAAUGUGAGCAUCCUCCAGCCUGAGGAUGACGAGGCGACCGCAGCGGUGGACUGCAAUACCCUGCGCCCAGGAGGUCAUUACCUUGAAGGCAAGGACAUGGACCGCCUUACUUCGACUGUGCGAGUGUUCGCCCGUGCAAAGCCUGAAGAUAAGUUGGAAAUCGUGAAGUCCAUCCAGCGCAUGGGUCAAGUCGCCGCGAUGACCGGCGAUGGUGUGAAUGAUGCACCAGCACUGAACCAGGCGAACAUUGGCGUGGCUAUGGGGAUCCAGGGCACAGAAGUGGCAAAAGGCGCAUCUGAUAUGGUCCUCACCGACGACAACUUUUGCUCAAUCGUCGCGGCCGUUGAGAAGGGCCGUGCAAUCUAUUCCGGCAUUCAGAAGUUUGUUGCCUUCAUCAUGUCUGUGCACAUCGCAGAG